GUUCAUUUUUUAGGGUUUUUAUUAUCUUCAAUUUUUUCAUUUCAUUUUCAACGCCACUUUAUCUCACUUUCCAACCUCACCUAAUCUAUCUACUCCCUCUAAUGGCUUCUUCUCAGUUGACAGCAUCAUCAAUUUCAACGAGGAGCGUUGCAUCCUUUGAAGGACUUCGACCAUCAAGUGUUCAGUUUCAUUCUGCUCGACAUGUUAGGAUUGGUAAUCCUGCUCGUAGGUCCUUCAAGGCCUUGAUUGUCAAAGCCGCCACUGUCGUUGCCCCCAAGUACACUGCAAUCAAGCCUUUGGGUGACAGGGUACUUGUAAAAAUUAAGGAAGCAGAAGAGAAGACUCAGAGUGGGAUUUUGCUUCCAUCAAGUGCUCAAACAAAGCCUCAAGGGGGUGAGGUGGUUGCUGUCGGAGAAGGAAAGACACUUGGGAAGAACCAAGUUGAAAUUAGUGUGAAGCCGGGUGCACAAGUUGUCUAUUCAAAGUAUGCUGGUACUGAGGUGGACUUUAAUGGUGAAAAGCAUCUUAUUUUGAAGGAUGAUGACAUUGUUGGUAUCCUUGAAACUGAUGAUAUCAAGGAUCUUAAACCCUUGAACGAUAGAGUUCUGAUAAAGAUCGAAAAGGCGGAAGAAAAGACUUCAGGCGGUUUGUAUCUUACAGAGGCGACCAAGGAGAAACCUUCAUUUGGAACAGUGGUAGCAGUUGGUCCCGGGCUUGUGGAUGAGGAAGGCAAUAGAAAACCUUUGACUGUUGCUUCUGGGAACACAGUUUUGUACUCCAAAUACGCUGGUAAUGACUUCAAGGGCAAAGAUGGUUUUGAGUACAUAACCUUGAGGAGUUCAGAUGUCAUGGCUGUACUCUCUUAGGAAUCCAAUUGUAAGACGAACACAAAAUCUCUUAGGAAUCCAAUUGUAAGAUGAACACAAAAUUUUCGCCUUGUUUUGAUUACCAAGUGAUUCCUAACGGGAACUGGGUUUUCAAGCAUCUGGUUGUUGCGUUAGUGAGUUUGAAUUCAUGUAUCAGUUUAUAGUUCAACUCUCCUUUGUCAUUUAUUAGAUAAGAUCUUGUGUUACCACCAGAUGAGCAAAAUAUUUGAGAAACAAAUAGGAACUAUAAAUAUUCAAUCAAAUUCAUGGCUGUUGCUUUCUAAA